GCCUUCCCACAGCCACCAUGUUCCCUGCAAGGACAGUCCUGCUGCUCGUGGUGCUCCUCACCCUCUCCCCAUGCUCCAGUGCAGCCCCUUACUCUCCAUCCGAGUGCUGCUUCCAUUACGUAAGGGCUGCUCUCCGGCUGGCACACCUGAAGGAUUUCUACUCAACUUCCAGGGAGUGUUUUUUACCAGCAAUUGUGUUUAAGACCAAGAACGGGACCAAGAUCUGUGCUAACCCAGAGGAGCCCUGGGUGCAGAGAGCAGUUGGGAAGCUUCAAAAGAGGAAAGGACUUCGUGCCCCGUGAUGCAGAGUGGGUGCCCUGGUUCAGUCUACCCAACAUCCUGGAGGGAAGGAAGGUCUGGAAC